UAACAAUUUUCCUGCCUACAAUUUGACCGGACCAACAAUGACUUCAAAAGAUCCUAAUGAACCAUCCAUCAAGGAAGCUCUCAAGACCGUCAAGAUCGAAGAUCUUAAGAAUAUCCCUCAGAUUCCUUGUGCUAGAAAUAGCUUGUUGUACGGUAUUGGCGGAGGAGCUGGAUUUGGUGCUAUAAGGUUUCUUGCAAGGCGCUCAGUCCCAUCCGCCGCCAAUUGGGCUGUUGGUUCCUUUUGUGCUAUAGCAACAAUCAGCUUUGAGAUGUGCCAAAUGGACCGUAGGAAUACAGUGACCAAGCUUAAAACCAAAAUUAAUGAAAUCAAGACCCGAGAAAGAUCACAGAUUGUCGAGGAACGAGAUAGAUCAGGCGCUCUUAGUGCGGUCAUUGAGUUACCAGAGCAUUUGAAGAAUUUCAAUGAAAAGAAAGACGAAUAGUGUUUGCUCAGUCAUAACUUGUCAUGUAAAUAGAACAUCUAGAGACCAUAAUAAAAUCCACCACAAUAGACAAUGCACGAACGAUGUGCCUUAA